UCCUCCUGCUGCUGCUGCUGCUGCUUCUCCUCCUUCUUCUCCUGCGGAGGCGCAGAGGCAGCCAUGGGCAGAGCAGCCUCCUGAGCUGAGCCUGGACCGGGCGAACUUUUCUGCUCCUUCGGGCCGGGCUUUCGGAGCGGAUGGAGGAUGCGCUCUCCCCGGCGGGUACUCUGAGCAGGAGGCGAAGGAGGAGAAGGAGAAGGAGGAGGAGGAGGAAGAGAAGGCGACGACGGGGAGGAGGAUGAUGAUGAUGAAGAUGAAGAAGAAGAAGACCAAGGCGCAGCAGCAGCAGCAGCAGCAGGGCUCCGAGGGGGGCCUGGCCCCUGCCUCCUCCUCCUCCUCCUCCUCCUCCUCGGGGGCCGGGGUCUGGAGGCGGCGGAGGCCCCUCUCGCUCCUGCCGUUCCUCUCCCUCCGCGACUACGGCUUCUGCAUGGCCGCCCUGCUGCUCUUCUGCCUGGGCUCCCUCUUCUUCCAGCUCAACGGAGGCGCCCCUCGCUUUCUCCUCGACCUCAGGCACUAUCUGGGAAAUUCCACUUACAUGGAUGACCAUGGGCCUCCCCCUCGUAAGGUACUUCCAUUCCCUAGUCAAGUUGUGUACAACAGGGUUGGAAAGUGCGGGAGUCGGACUGUGGUUUUGCUGUUAAGAAUUCUGUCUGAGAGACAUGGAUUCAACUUGGUUACAUCAGACAUUCAUAAUAAAACUAGACUUACCAAGAAUGAACAGAUGGAGUUAAUUAAAAAUAUAAGUACUGCUGAACAGCCCUAUUUAUUCACUAGACAUGUGCAUUUCCUCAAUUUCUCAAGGUUUGGAGGAGACCAACCAGUAUACAUCAAUAUUAUCAGAGAUCCCAUCAACCGGUUUUUAUCCAAUUAUUUUUUUCGCCGCUUUGGAGAUUGGAGAGGGGAGCAGAACCAUAUGAUCCGCACCCCAAGCAUGAGACAAGAGGAGAGAUAUUUAGAUAUUAAUGUAUGUAUUCUUGAGAACUAUCCUGAAUGUUCCAAUCCCAGAUUAUUUUAUAUUAUUCCGUAUUUCUGUGGACAGCAUCCAAGAUGCAGGGAGCCUGGUGAAUGGGCCCUCGAAAGAGCAAAAGUGAAUGUGAAUGAAAAUUUCCUUCUUGUGGGGAUUCUGGAAGAAUUGGAGGAUGUGCUGCUUUUACUCGAAAGAUUUUUACCUCAUUAUUUCAAGGAUGUCCUCAGCAUCUACAAAAAUCCAGAACAUAGGAAACUCGGCAAUCUAACUGUGACCGUGAAAAAGACCGUCCCAUCUCCUGAAUCUAUACAGAUCCUGUACCAGCGCAUGAGAUACGAAUAUGAGUUUUACUACUAUGUCAAAGAACAGUUUCACUUGUUAAAGCGCAAAUUUGGACUCAGAUCUUCAAACAGUAACUCUUCUCCUAGACCAGAACUUAUCAUUCCUUCUCCUCUUGAAACUGAAGAGCCAGCAGCAGAAAGCGAGGAGCAAGAUGACGAAAAGUGGUUGGAAGAUAUCUAUAAGAGGUGAUGCAGACAUCACUAUCUGUUCUAGUUCCCAGGUGUUGUUGUUGUUGUUUUUUUAAAAAAAACUGUUUAAGAAAAUUUGUUCAGGAAGAGAGUUAAUUCACAGCAGCAUUUAAAAAGAAGUUUCUCCCAGAUUGAACUGAUAGAGUAAGACUGCUUUCAGGAAUGGUUUAUUUGUUUAAAGUUAGUUAUGUUUUCCUUGGCUCCAUAGCGUCUUAGUAGCUAGGAGAUACUUUUGAAUGUGCCAUCUUUUAUUUCACUACAAUUAACAUUUUCACUGUAAAACAUUGCUACAUGUCACACAUAUUGCAGUGAUGUAGAUCACAACAUAAGUCCUUUGCAGUUUUCACAAAAUGUGUUUGCCUGUUUCAAUGUUUGUAUUGAAUCUGUUGCAAUCUCCUCCUAGCACCUGAAAUUAAUAGUAGGGUGUUGGAAGGUUUAUUGUGAUCACCUAAGACUAGACCAUGUUGUUGUGCUAAAAUAAUAAUAAAAAUUGUCACCGCGCCAUGGAUUAUGCAGACAUCACACUACAUUUUUUCUCACAGAAGCUCUCAGUAAUAGGAGCAUUAUCACCAGUACAAAUAGGAAUGUGGACAAAUUAAGAUAAGAUGUGUGAAGUAUCUGGAUAUUUCAAAGUGGAAUGACACUUGUAAUUAUUACAAGUUAGAAAGAACCAAACAUUUCUGGAAUCUACUUUUCCUUCCCUGAAGAUGUUCAAAUUAGGCUGUAAAAAAGGAAUGAAAUAUUAGCAUUUUAUUUUUUUAAAAAAAGAGAAAUCAUUUUUGGGAUAAGAUUUCUAGGCUUGUUCACGCAGACACUGUAAAGAGCGAAACAGGAAUAUUCAGUUAUCUUUAAAGGAAAAGGUUGUUCUUUCAUUGAAUGUAUGAGCUGUUUACAUGAUUGAUUGAGGGAUGAAGAUAGAAACAUAUCGUGAGUAUGUCUCAAAUAUUCUGAAGAUCAGAUAUCAGUUAACAAAAUUAGGGACGUAUUCUGUGAUUCAGUGAUUACAGAAUUUUUAAAAAGGUUACUAUAGGUGCUACAACCUCUUUCAAUGUCAUUCACACUGUCAGACAUCUAAACUUUGCAUCUAACCAAGGGCAGGUACUCUAGAGAAUAAGCAGUCACUAGUGUUUUUUCCUCAUAUUCAGGUGUAUAUUGACCACACUAAUACAAUCAACAUUUAAUGUGUGAUGGAUAGUAUUAUAUUAUGUAUGUAUGUAUGUAUGCCUUCAAAUCGCCUGUCAACUUAUGGCUAGCCCAUGAAUUUGAUAGGGUUUUCUUAGGCAAAAAACACUCAGAAGUGGUUUUGCCAGUACCUCCUCUGAAAUAUAGCCUACAGCACCUGGUAUUUGGUGGAAGUCUCCCAUCCAAGUACUAACCAGGGCUGAUGCUGCUUAGCUUCCAAGAUCAGAUGGGAUACGUUGUCUUUAGGACAGAUAGGCUUCUUAAAGAAAAGGAUAGAAUACAGUUGUUUUUGUUUAUCAGGUACUACUUCUUGAGAGUUUUGUUCUGUCAGCACAUCUUUAGCAAAUUCCCUUGUCAGAACCUGUGAACAUCAACUAAUAUUAUAUAAAGUCAUUAUCGGUUUCUGGGGGUUUGUUCAUUUGAUUGUUUGUUUUUGGCUAUACUACUAGCGGGAUUUGAAUACCACACAAUUGUGUUAAGCCUCAAGAAUAGCAAAGGUUGUAUUCUCUCAUCAUAACUUUGUGGUUCCAAUGCACUACUCUGGAGGAGCACUCUGGGAGCAGGAAAUACAGUCAGUGAUAUUUAACCAAGAUGCUGCAUUGUAUAUUUUAAAUGGUUUCUAUGAAAUUACAUUUAAAGAGUAAUGAUUAGUUUACACACUGUGGAAUUGUUUUAUUUUGGAAAGCAAAUUAAUAUUCAUACUUUGGGUUUUCUUUAUUUUUUAAAGUUCAGUUUUUUAAUCUGUUUUUGCAGGAGUCCUCAGUCACUUAACAUGUUCAUUUUCUCUCCAGUUUCACUGCUGCUUAAAUCUAUUUUUAUCAUUCUACUUAAUAUUAUUCUUUGCCAUGAAUACUUUGCAAUGUUAAAAGCAACAGCUGUCAGGUGAUUUGCUUGCUUGUUUUAAUGUUGUAUAAUUUUUGUGCAAGCAGCUUGGGCUCUAUUCCCAGAAAGGUACUUCAUAAAUUUAUUUGGCACAUAACCUUUUGAGAUUUCUAACACAACAGUCCAUUUAUCUGUCAUGAGAUAGAUUUUAUAAUUUACUUUAAAGAAUUUAAAAGCACAUUUUAGGUUUGUUAAUCUUUUGACUUAUUUAUUGUGACAUUUCAGCACAUUCCAAAUUCUAAGUUGCUCAGGAAAGGCAUGCAUUUAAAUGAUUUUAUUUUGAUCUGAUGGUUAAUUUUUUUUAAAAGAAUGAAAAAUUGCUGUUAUAAAGCCUUUAGUCCAUGACAACCUUCUAGGAAGCACCAUACGUGUUCAUAAAUCUCUAUGAAAGAGAAAAGGUGAGUUCUUGGGAUACUGAAAAUAACAGUAUAUGUACAUUAGAUUAGUUGUAAAUGAAAACAACCAUUGUUUGAAUUAAAUAUUCCUUAAUUUAUUCAUUUCAGUAUUAAAGUAUAAAAUAUCCAGCUUUUUUAUUUUUAAUCCAUUAAUAUUUCAAUUCUGAACCUGUGCUGUUCUUCACAGAAUAUGUAACCAUCCAUUUUGUUUUCUCUCUCUCUCUCUCUCUCUCUCUCUCUCUCAUUUUUUUCCUGGAUGUAAAAUUUAAGGAAUUUUCCCUUUGAGUCACCCUUAGAAAAGAUUUUUUAUAAAGUGUAGCUUAUUGGCUGAUGGCCAUCCUGAAAGCAGGCUAUUUUAAGAUGACUGUGUUUUACCUUGAAUUAAUUUGAAGAACGAGGCCCUAAAGAUAACUGUAGAAGAAAUAUAUUAACUUUGGAACUGCCCUGUCCUGCCCUGCCAAUGUGCUUUAUUGCUGUUGUAGGAUUAUUUCUAAUGCAUAGUAGCAACAGCUUUAACCAAUGUAUUGCUUUUGACUAGUUAACGUAGAUAUGGGUGUGAUGAUAUUUGAUAAUCCAGUCUGUCCUCUACUUGUCCAGAGUCCUCAGGCAUUUUUAAAGGCUUUUUAAAAAGGGCUUUCAGAUCAAACACAUUUAAGACAAAAUGUUAUAUUACUUUUUAAAAAUGCUUUGAAUGCAAAAAUUGGAUUAAUAAAUGGAACAUUUUUUGAUUUUUUUUAGUUUAAUAUGAGAAUAUACAAUUGCAUUGCAAUUUUCUAAAAUGUACAUGCAUCAUGAAUGUCUUUGUUCCUUUUAAAGGUAUGUUUGGGAUAUUGUAAUUUCCAUUAACAUCUUGGUACUCAUUUGGUCUUUGUGUUCACUUACAUUCAUUUGAUAAAAAUCUAGUCAGGCUCCCUCUUUUUUAAAAAAAAACUAUAAAUGAUUACCUUUUUGCUAAGAGAAUCAAUAUCACACUGAAGUGUUACUCUUGUCUAUUGUCUACCAAAAGUACAUUUGAAUAUAAUUAAAUUCCAUGCAAACUAAUAAAGGCCUGUAAUUUACAAAGUUUCA